GGCCUAGGGAAAAGUCGCUUGGGAGAGGAUUCCCGAAACACCUUUCCCACCUCCCCUCUCUCUGAGUGUUGGGGACGUUUGGUUAUGUCUUGUACGGCCCCAAGCAUGGGACGCUCGGAUCCGCCAGUAGAUGCCACCUCUUAGUCUUUCAGGCCACAACGAAAUGGGCCACCAAGUGGGUCCCGCAGGAAUAGUGAUUUACCGAGAUAACCUUUUAUUUUCACAGAGACGAUACUUAAGGUACAGGGAAAAACCAUUUCCUGGAACAUCUGAGUUGUAAUUCGAUCUUGAGUUACCGACCACAGUCAGGGGGCAAACAUGCUUCGUGCUACGAGUGAACUGGAGUUUUCGAACGAAAAAAAUACGGAGGAGAUCUCCCAGCUCGCUUCCCUGGUGCUGUCAGGUGACACAUCAACCGGCGAAAAAAACUCAACUGGUUUACCCGAAAAAACUGGCUAUCCGGACUCCGUUUACAUUAUGGCAGCAAAUAUUUUUCAGGGUAUUCGAUUCGAAAAGUCGCCAGAGAAAGUCUUAAUAAAGUAUGGGAAUGAACCCCUGCGGUCCUUGCCGGAGUCUGAGGAUGAAUCCUUUCAGCGUUCGUCCUAUGAGCUGGCUUUCAGUGCUCUGAAGUUUCAAGAUAUUUUGGAAGCUAUAUUAAUAGACAGUUGUAUCUUCCCAAGUACCACAAUACCAGAUCAUUUGAGCAGUCUUAUUAUUGUGAUGCUGUAUGAUUUUCAAGAUAGAAAAUUUCAAGCUCGUUUCCUUUCUGAUAAUGAAGAACCCAUAGCAGAAGUUCAAGAAGUAGAGAACCUUCUUAACAGUUUUAAGAUAAAAUUGGCUGCAGCAUUGGCAAGAUGUCGAAUCAAACACGAUGCCCUUUCAAUUUACCACAUUCUUCCAGAAACAGUUAGGAACCAGGAACUAAGGGCCUCCACUUUGCCACUUUAUGCUUGGAUAAAUACUUGUAAAAUCAGCCCUGAAGAAGUUUAUUAUAGUUUGAAGAAAAGAGGCUAUAAUAAAGUCAAAUCUGUAUUGCAUAUUGAUGAUAAAGUCUUUGCUGUGGACCAACAUUGCUAUGAUGUCUUAAUUUUUCCAUCUCAUCUUAAAAAUAAUCUUCUAAAUAUAGAUCUUUUCAAAGAUUAUAAACUUAUAUUUCAGGACAAAUCUCGAAGUCUCGCUGUCCAUUCUGUAAAGGCUUUAUUAAAUAUGGAUGAUGAUAUCUUAAUGGUCAAUACAGGUUCAUGGUACACAGUUGCCCAUAUGUCAAUAUUAACAAAUAAUAAUACCUCAAAAAUAUUUGUGUGUGGAGUAAAAUCUCAAGCUAAGGAUCCUGACCUGAAGAACCUUUUUACAAAAAUGGGAUGUAAAAAUAUUGAAAUACUUCAUGAGGCAUUUCUGAACAUUGAAUCAAAGGAUCAUAGAUUGCAGAAAGUUAAAGUGAUUCUGCUGCUUCCUCGCUGCUCAGGACUGGGUGUUAGUAAUCCAGUGGAGUUUAUAUUAAAUGAGCAUGAAGAUACAGGUUUACUUAAAGAUUUCUCUCAAGGAGGUACAUCAGAAGAUAAACUUCACAUUCUUGUUCAACAGCAAUAUGAACAGCUAACACAUGCAAUGAAAUUUACUAAAGCUCAAGCAGUUGUUUAUUGCACGUGUUCUGUUUAUCCAGAAGAAAAUGAAGGUGUUGUUAAGAAAGCACUGGAAUUUCAAGACCAUGGGAUUAAAGUACAACCUUAUAGGCUUAGUCCUCCUGUCCUUCCACUGUGCUCCUUAAAGGAAAUACAUUUGUCUACUGAUAAGUUUUUCAGAAUGGAACCAUCUGAAAUUACCAAUGGUUGUUUUCUUUCUGUUCUAACAAGGGAGCGGGACCCAUCUGAGGCAGUGUCUGUGAAAGAUGUUUUGGCCCGUGCUGCAGCAAAGGGUCUACUGGAUGGAAUUGAGUUGGGUAAAGCUUCAAAACGGGAGAAGAAGAAGAAGAAAUCAAAAAUACCAUUGUCAAAAGCCCCCACCAAUGAUAGUAAUGACAUCCAAAUGAAAAUUGCUGAAUUCCUGAAUCGAGAAAGUAAUGCAAAUGCUAAUCGGUCAGAGACAUUAGCAACAAAAACAUCUCUUCCACAGAAAAAUACAACUACAGCUGGUUCUUCCUCGCAUGUCAGAAAACCCAACAAGCCCACCAGCAAUCCUUCAGGGCCUACAUUUAUGAAGAACACAGCUCAACCCAGACCGUAUGAACGGCAGACAAACUUCGUAAGAUCUCGCCCAGAAGACAGAGUGAUGGCAUUGAAACCUGUAGAGAUUGUUUUGCCUCCAGUAAUGUUGCCAUUUUCAGGUUCCCAAGGGAUCAAAUCUCAGAUACCAACUCAACAUUUUUACUAUCGUUGGGUUGGACCCAACACUGUCCUGCCCAACUACUUUCCCUCACCAUCAACAUCCAGAAGAGGGGAAAAGCCUAGAGAAAACUUACCUUCCUCCCUACUCAGGCAUCCUCGACCAUGGCUUUGACCAUCUUGUGUUUUUUACAGGGGUCAAGAGCUCAUGUUUUUUCAAAGUCUGAUAUUUCUCUGAGGUUAGCCAUCCCUAUACAAGAUACUCAUCCUUUUGGCCACUUAGUAUCUUCUAAAGGUGCUAUUAACUUCAAGAGAAUUAAGACAAGUGAGAAAUAACAAUGUAGGCACUUCAACAAAAGCAGAAUUCCUACAUUUCAACAGUUCCGUGCUGAUCUGUUCUAGAAUGUCCAGCUUAGACUCAGGAUCAGCUGUUAGAACUUGUAUCCCUCUUGUUAACUUUCAGUCUGGACUCAGGACACCAGUUUUAAGAGAAAGCUGCAACAAUUUUUCCUGACGGGAAACACCGUCUGCCUUAUAACAGACUUGAGGUGGUUUACUAGAGUGUAGAUACGGAAAAGAUGCUGGCCUCUCACACUGACUUUAUGUUGCUUUUUCAGUAUCCACCUGCGGUUUGACAUUUUCAAUCGCUGUGGAGGUUGAUUUUUUUCUUAAAUAUCAAAAUAUUCUUUAAACGGAGGGGGGGGGGGUGUCAUGAGUUUUUGUGAUGUGAUUGAGAUUGAGUAGGAAGAACAGGAGGUUCCGAAGUUCCAGGUGUGCAUAGUUCAGAAGUACGUUAACAGAGCAAAAACGGUUUCUCAUCGAAAGAGCUUCUGGGAUCCUGAGCAGACUGAACACAAUCAGCUAUCCCUUCUGCCAAAUAUGGUUGUAAAAAAGUGACUGUACACAAAUUUCCAUCCAAAUAGUAAUAAUUCUGAGGAAGAGGCAAAACUGUUGACUGCAAGUGACACCUGUUAUUGAAGAAAUCCAUAAAAAUGUCUGAUUCUGUUCAAAGAUCAGGUGAAAUGCUAAAAUCUACAAGUCAUUUCAAAUGGUACACGGUAACCAAACUGGUAAAUCAUCUCUGAUGCACAACUAAAAUAUAUUGUAGCACUAUGUUAAUUAUAUUAAAAGUCAAUUCAUCUUGAAUGUAUCAUCCAUUGCCUACCAAGAAUUGGUAUGAUUAUCAUUUUGGGGUCUAUUGAUUUUUUUUUUCCAUCAUGGAAACAGAAAUUGUUUGACAUUUAAUCAAGUAAGCUACAACUAUGAAACCUAUUGUUUAAAAACAUGUUCAUAGAUACAACGUUUGAAUAUAAAGUUCCAUUUUCAGAAUCUAGUCGUGUUGAACAGUGUUAUGUAAAUUCCUAAAUGUUCAAUUCAGGUGGCAUGAUUUCAGUAGAGUAUUAUCUUCUUCAAGAUGAAUUUUUAGGUCUAUUUCAGCCUAAUACCCUAUCCUUUAUUUUCUCACUUGAAGUGAGGCUAAACAAAAUGGCGAAUUUCAUUUUAUUGGUAAUAAAUCUUUAUUUUAGCUAAAAAUUUACAUAGAAUGUGUCAACGAAGAAAGGGAACAAGACUUCAUAUACUUGGAAAUUUCAAUCCUCAAAGAUUUCUCAAUUAUGACUCUCAGCAGGUCCAGAAGUGUUUUAAAUGCUCAGCUUAUUUUACUGACUGCAAAAAUAAAAAACGAUAGAUUUCUUUGUUCCGAAUAUGGCGUCUCUCCUCUUGCUCUGGCUUGGAGCACUCAGUGCCCCGAGGGCACUAGUGCAGCUGCAGUGAACUUUGUUGGGUGAAGAGCUGGAGUGUUUUCCAGGGAAUCGCUCAUUCCCCCUGUGCUCUGCCCCUGCCCCAAGCUGCAAAGGAUGCCACUGUCCAUGAGUAGCAGGUCUCAGACCCUUAUUUUCUGUGAUGUUCUGAAAAGGAAACUCUCAUUGUGAAGGAAUAGUUCAGACUGUUUUCUGAGAAGCUUGUGAUUCGUGUCGCAUCACAAUGUAAGCCACUUAUUUUCAGUAUCUUACCUAACACGCUUGUCACUGUUCUCUUCAGAAAUAUAUGGAGAUUCUGAAUGGUUCGUUAAGCCUGUAGUUUUCUUCUUUGAGAGUCUUCUGAGAAGGGCGUGAUCAAUUAUUUAAGUACUCUUGUGGAGUAAAAAGGGAAAAAUGCUUUGGAUAAAGACAACAUGAGGGAUUGAGUGAAGGAGAAUAUUGAUUACACGGACAUUUUCCUUUCUUGAGCUUCUUACUGUGCUCAAGUGCUGCAAAAAUCUAAAAUAGAUUUGCUGGUAUUUAGAUUCUCCAAUAGCAAAUUUUAUCUGAAAUUACUUACCACUAGUAUAAUACCUGAAACCGAAAUGAAAUUUCGUUCCUUCACAGUAACUGCCUUUAAUAGAGUAAAAGAGAAACCAUGGGGCGGAAACGCAAGAGGAACCAGAAAAAUGGGUACAUACUCUACAUUCUGCUUCUCUUCCAUGUCUGACAGUUGAACUAGCCCAGAUUCAACUGGUUUUUCUGGCUACCUUUGCUUUUGGAUUUAGUGCCUGUGCAACUUUAUUCUUCAUUCUUUGACGUCAGACUCUUAAAGGAUACGAAAGAUAGACUUUCUUAACACUAGACUGCUUACCCAGGCCUUGCGUUGGUGACUCAGGAUGCCAGCGGUCCUUCCUGGUCACCAGAUAAGAGCAGUGUGAUGAAUUAAUUACUCAGAAUUUAAAGUUACUUUCUAGUUCUUAACCAGGUGGAAACCUGCAAUAGCAAAGCAGAAUAAUUUGAAAACAAAAUGACUAGCGUGGCGACACUGAACUUGUAUUUCCAUUCCUGGAUCUAUAGGACUGAGAUGUCAGAUAAACGAGCCAGACGUUUUAUGCAGCUAAGUUUAUUCUCACAACAUAUUACAUUUAAAUGUGUCAAAGUGGUCAACAGCAAACGGGCCGAAAGCAAAACCAAACGUUCUUUCAGGAUAAACAAGCCGCUUCGGGUGGCAGGGAGUGCUCUCACUGAUCGGGUGUGAGUGGAAUCUUUUCUCUGAAGCUGAAAUAAAUUGAACUUCAUUUUACUGGCUGUAUAACACACACGUCAUCUGGGUAUUAGGUUAAGGAAGCCUGGCAAACUAGAGAGCUAAUGGUUUUACUGGCUACAUUGUGCUCGUCUCAGAGAGAUGUUUUUCAUGUUGUUUGUGAAAUCUUGAAUCUGUGUUGCAAUGCUUAAUGAAAUGCGUGUGUCAUACGAGAAAAGGAGGAAAGAUUUAGGGCUUUCGAGUAGGUGACCUUGUGUGGAAUCACCUUACCAAUCUCUACUCCGUCCUGAGAUCGGAGUGGCUCUUUGACAAAGUAGCGGUGCCAACAGUUUCUCACCAGGAACGAAUUUUAGUGGAGAUGGGUCUAAUGUCCCCUCAUGCAGUCAGACAGACACGAACGAAAAACAGUGGUCCUAAUUAGCUACGGGUGGUCUUCUAUCCAGGUGAACAGAGGGCUUGUGGGCACGGGUCUGUCGCCUAGAGGAGAUGACAGGUGUUGGGAAGGACAUAAACACACAGCCCCAAGCGGUGCUUUAGGUUUGCCACAGGCGUGUUGGCUCUUCCCCUUGAGGCUGCCAAGAGGCGCAUAUAUGAGGUGGCCAGUCUGCGUCUAUCUAGCUGCUUUUAAAAAAUAAAAGGAACUUUAAGCAUGU